AUGGCUGCGAUCGGUCUGGUUGAACGUUCUCCAUCCCCCAAUAUCCAUUCAUUGAUCAAGCGAAAGAACUGGGCUUCCGAGAACCCCGGUGUGGUCCUGGUGUUCUGCAUCGUGUUCCUGGUCGGCUGUGGCAUCAUCUCGCUCUUCAUCUACCGGCGCUGGCUGAAACGGAAAGCCGAGAAGGAAUCCUACGAAACCACCGGGUAG